UAUUUGUGUUACUUACUAAGGGAAUGAAUUAGGAUUGAGAAGUACAUUUGACAUAAAAUCGAUCGAUAAGUUCUGUUCAAGAAUUAAACAUGUUUAGAAUAAAAAGUAACAAUAUUUAUAGGAACCCUCUUACUAAUUUUCGGGCUUUAUCGACGUCGCAGGCACUCUUAACCAAGCUUCGAUUGGCCCUCAUUGGUCAGAGCACUUUUGCAGCAGAAGUUUACAAGCUUGUGAGGGCUCGUGGUCACCAAGUAGUUGGAGUAUUUACCAUCCCAGAUAAAGCUUCCCGUGAAGACCCACUUGCAACUGUAGCCAGCAAGGAUAAUACACCUGUGUUCAAAGUAAAAGCGUGGCGUAAGGGAGACCAAGCUCUAAAAGAGAUUAUAGACCAAUACAUGCAAGUUGGAGCGGAGCUAAAUGUGCUUCCUUUCUGUUCUCAAUUUAUACCAAUGGAAGUCAUUAACCAUCCUAAACAUAAAAGUAUUUGUUAUCAUCCUUCUAUUUUGCCCAAGCAUAGAGGUGUGAGUGCAAUCAACUGGACUUUAAUCAAUGGUGAUGAAGAGGCUGGAUUCUCUGUAUUUUGGGCAGACGAGGGACUAGAUACAGGUCCGUUGCUUCUUCAGCAAAAGUGCAAAGUUGAACGCAACGACACUGUGGAUUCCUUGUACAGCCGUUUCCUUUACCCAGCUGGUAUUCAAGCUAUGGCUGAUGCAGUGGACAUGGUGGCUAAUGGAACAGCUCCAAAAAUAGAUCAACCCACAGAAGGUGCUUCAUUUGAGCCCUCAGUACGCAAGAAGGACCUUCAAAAGGUAGACUGGAACAGCGGAGGCCUAGAAAUCCACAACUUUAUACGAGGGCUUGAUAGUUCUCCUGGAGCUUGGGCUGUUAUGAAUAAUGAAGAAGUUAAGUUUUUUGCAUCGAGUUUGUGGGAAAGUGCUAAACCAGAUGGACAGUGUGUACAGAUAGAUGGUAUGGACACUCCUGGUUUAGUUCACGCUGGUGGCCUUCUACUUGUUGGAAGUGAUGGAAAAAUGGUGAACGUGGAGAGAUUAUCCGUGAAAGGUAGGAUGAUCCCUGCAUCACAGUUUGGGAAACAGAAGAGUGAGGGCGAUGCUUUAAAAUUAACAGAUAAAGAACAAGAAAUGGCUCAGGCUUUAAAUGAGAUAUGGGCAAGCAUUUUGAGCUUAGAGGUAAAUGCCAGCACUGAUUUUUUUGCAUCUGGUGCCGGUUCAAUGGAUGUAGUUAGACUGGUUGAAGAAAUCAAAGAAAAUCUUAAAGUUACUCUGCAAAACGAAGAUGUAUUUAUGUCACCAGUAUUCUCAGAGUUUUGUGAAACCGUAAUCAAGAAGGCUCGUGGAUUGUCUGAUAAAAAAGAGUUGAAAUAUUCGGCAGUUAAUAUCAGUGCCAACAGUCUAAAUCUAAGUUUUCCUAACCAGUUGUUUAUCAACAACAAUUUUGUUGAUUCUGAGUCAAAUGGAUCAAUUGACUGUAUAAAUCCUGCGGAUGAGUCUGUCAUAUGUAAGGUUCAGUCUGCAACUGAGAAAGAUGUCGACACAGCUGUUGAAAUGGCCAAAAAAGCUUUUUAUGAGGGAGAGUGGUCAAAGAUUAGCAGUAGAGAUCGUGGGGUUUUGAUGCAUCGACUCGCAGAUUUGAUGGAAGAACAUAAAGAGGAGUUGGCAACGAUAGAAAGCAUAGAUUCAGGGGCAGUAUAUACCCUGGCGCUCAAAACACAUGUUGGAAUGUCCAUAGAAACAUGGCGAUAUUUUGCUGGUUGGACGGACAAGAUUCACGGCUCCACUAUCCCCAUCAGUCAUGCAAGACCCAACCGAAACCUUACCAUAACUAAGCGAGAACCCAUUGGGGUCUGUGGACUAAUAACACCUUGGAACUACCCUCUCAUGAUGCUCUCCUGGAAGAUGGCUCCAUGCUUGGCUGCUGGGAACACUGUUGUGAUGAAACCAUCGGAGCAGUCUCCCCUCACAGCUCUAAAGUUUGCAGAACUCUCCGUCAAAGCAGGCUUCCCUCCUGGAGUGAUCAACAUUCUACCUGGCACAGGAAUUGAAACGGGUAAUGCCAUCACCAAUCAUCCAGAUAUCAGAAAAGUUGGAUUUACUGGCAGCACAAUAACAGGCCAAAAAGUGAUGAAAAAUGCAGCUGCUAAUUUAAAAAAAGUUUCAUUGGAACUUGGUGGCAAAUCUCCACUAGUAAUAUUUGAUGAUUUUGACCUUGAUAAAAGUGUUAGACUGAGUAUGGGUGGUGUUUUCUUCAACAAGGGUGAGAAUUGUAUUGCUGCAGGACGUGUUUUUGUUGAAUCAAGUAUUCAUGAUGAAUUCCUGCAAAAGGUGGUGGAGGAAACAAAAAAAAUUGUAGUGGGAGAUCCACUAAACCGUAACACUCAGCAUGGACCUCAGAAUCAUUUGGCUCACUUGGAAAAGCUUGAGAAAUACUGCAGAGCUGCAGAAAAGGAGGGAGCAAAACUAGUUUUUGGAGGGAAGCGUUGUGAUCGACCAGGCUACUUCUUUCAGCCUACCAUCUUUAGUGAUGUUGAAGAUCAUAUGUUUAUUGCCAAUGAGGAAGCCUUUGGCCCUAUUAUGGCUGUUUCUAAGUUUUCAAGCAGUGAUAUGGAUUCCUUAAUUAAGAGAUUGAACAGCAUAGAGUAUGGCCUGGCAUCAGGCAUAUUUACAAGGGACAUCAAUCGUGCUUUAAACUUUGCUGAGAGGAUUGAGGCUGGAUCAGUCUUCAUCAACACUUACAACAAGACUGAUGUGGCUGCUCCCUUUGGUGGCUUCAAACAAUCUGGCUUCGGGAAAGAUCUUGGAGAGGAAGCCUUGAAUGAGUACACAAAAGUCAAGUGUAUUACCGUGGAGUACUAGUAGUACCGGCUGAAAAAAUUACUAUAAUGAAAUCUCAACAUUGCAACUUAUGAGGACUUAAAUAUUUUUAGAUAUGUUUUCUAAGCUAAUGUAUUAAACUACAUGUGGAACAUUGCUGCAACGAAUAACCUUUGAGGUUGAAGUCAAAGGAUAAAAUAUCAAAUAGUCUUGGAUACAGUGGCGGAUCUAGAGGGGGGGGGGAAGGGGGCAACCGCCCCCCCCUUGGAGCAUACAUAUACAUAUGUUUUUAACUGCAUGUAAUACAGUAGUGCAUACACAUUGCGUAAAAUAAUUUGUCACACUAACUUUGGACAAAGAAAUGGUAUAAAACUGCUAUUUUGGAGACUUAGUUUACACAUAUUUUUCGGGUCCGUCACUGCUUGGAGAUAAAUGUAACAGAAGAGCCACAUACAGCUGGUUAGUACAAACACAAACGCAGUGAUCAGAAAUUUUAUGGUUUAUCCAUGCAAUUCGGACAGAGUAGGUAUAACAAUUGCCUUGAUUACUGGUUUGAUUCUGAGAAAUGCUUCUGGGCUUACUUUCCUUUCUUUUGUUAUUUAGAUAUUAAUUAAUGAUGCUUUUUAGUAACAGAUACCAGUUUCAAAAUCUAGUUUUAAUAGAGUCUAGUUUUGACCUUCCCUUACAAAAAACAUAAAUUAUGCAAAUGGCAUUAGAAAAAAUAGUAAAAAAAGUAGUUAAUAAGUAGGCCUAGCUGUAUGAAAUUACUUAAAACUAUGAUUUUCAGAAGAUCUGAAUAAAAUGCACUUUAGUUGACCCUCAAUUCUUAACACUCUAAAACAAUGUAUUAAUUCUGUAUUUAUAUUUAGAUUGUUGUUAAGCUUCAUUACAUUGAUAAAUAUUGAUUUAAUAAUAGAUCUUUGGCAAUGUUUAUUAAUAUUAUUUACUGAUAAAAACAAAGUGCCUUUAACACAUUCGCUGCGUCCCAUCAAUGGCAGGCGUAGCCCUGGUGUAUCGAACGAGCCCGAUUGCCGGGCAAUUGGCUUUCAAAUAUUUCGGUCUGUCGAAUAGCAAAUAAUGUGCGCUUAUAUGCUGCGUUACGACUAGAGUCACUAGUUUGCUGAAACACUCACAUAUAGCAGCCCUGCCAGGUUCCACUGUAUUGCCAAUUGGAGGGAGAAAAACGGGACAGGUUGAUUUCUAAGCUUACAGGGAUUUUACAGGGGAAUUCACUACCAACCUACACCACAAUUAUAGACUGGUAUUAGAAACACAAUACUAAUGCUUACUAGCCUACCACGGUUAGAUCCUGAGCCAUACUAACUGGGCAAACAAUACAUCGUGCGCUGUAUCUCCGGAGACGCUGGAUGUUUUUUUAGUUUUCAACAAUGCGCCUACGGAAUUUAUGUGUCGUUCCACGAUCUCGUAAUUAGUUGUGACGUUCUGCUAUCCCAGUGACUAACGCAAUAACGGUCAACAGAUGUUAUGUAUAUAUUGAAGUUUAUUGUAGAAAUUUUCAAUAUAGAUUGCUCAUCCACAUGAAAAGGUUUGUAAGGUAAAUUAAUAAUGAUGUCUACCGAAAACAAAUUGACUUUACAACUUAAUUAAUCGUAGCAAAACUAAAAAUAUUUGUAGGCUUCUAAAUUUUAUUUUUUUAGCCUCUUGAACAAAUGAAACACCUCGAGCAAUGCUCCAUCCCCUGGUAGUGGUACUUUAAAUACACUAAGCUUAGCUGCAAACUAAGUAAUUAAAUUCAAAUUUGAUUAUUUAUAAAAUAAAUGUUUUGGAAAGAAACAUAAUAAUUGUAAUAAUGUUUUAAGCUUUAUGAAUGUACUAUGAUCUAGUGUAGUUAUUCAUUUUAUUUUAUUGUUAAUAAAAGGAUCAGGGUAAAAUAGGUGUACGUACAAUGCAGUUUCCUGCUUGCAAUAUUGAGCGGAGCUAGCAUAUUAAUCCAAUACUUUUCUAAAGGCAAUGCUACAUCUGUUUCUCGUAAAUGGCAUGUAUACUUGCAGUAUACAAUGUCAAUGGUGUAUUUGGUUCACAUUAAUGGAGUAAUGUCUAUUAACAAUACCCGAAGUCAAUUAUAAGACUGGUUUACGUAAAUAAAUUGUCUACUUUCAGAAACCAAAGUCUAAGUUUCAUCUGGUUCUUAUAAAUUACAUGUCUACUUGCCGUAUCCAAUUUCAAUGAUAUAUUUGGUUUGCAUAGAUAGAAUGUCUAUUUUCACUUUUCAGUAUCCAAAGCCAAUGGUAGGUUGGUUACUAUGACUGUGCUAAAUUUUGUGCAGAUCGCUUCAGCUGUUCAGGAGGAGUAUUUGUAAACAAAAGCAGAAGUGUAGUAUAAGAGCUUCGCUCCGCUCAAUAAUAUAUUAUCAGUUACUUUAAAUGUUUAAAUCUAUUAUAAUUUUUAACAGUUGUUAUUGUAUUUUUGUUACUUAAGUGUAAAAUAAUUCUUUUAAGUGAGAUGCAUUAAUUUAUGAUUCAUAGUCGUGUGUUUUAUUAGCAUUAUAUUAUAUACAGGGUGAUUAAAAAAGAGUAGGCAGCACAAUUUUAAAAAUCUGUGUUUGAUCAAAGAACCACCAAUUCUUACACAUGAUAAUAAAGAGUUACAAAAAGUUUUUAUCACAUAAACAAGCUCGCAAAUGUUCAAUAUGUCUGCUUCCUGACUCAUAAUAACCCGAUCUCAACUCCAUCCACAUUCUCAGUAGAAAGAGACAAAUCGUUUAUCUCAAAGGUUGUUUUUGGUGAAGAAGCCACUUUUCAUACUUCUGAGAAAGUCUCACCUAAGGUGAACAUUUUCUGUACCAUUUCAGCCAUUAAAGUUUUGUGAUUUUG